CGAUUCUUUGGUGUUUUGUGGUCCAAGCAGAAGCCGCUCACCAAAAUGACAGCAAAGAAGUCUGGCUCACGACUGGAGACCGAGAUAGAGCGGUGCCGUUCAGAGGGACAGUGGGAUAAGAUACCGGAGUUGGUUCGACAACUCUCGGCUAAGUUGAUAUCAAACGAUGACCUCGGAGAGUUGUUGUUGGGGGAAUGCAAGCUUCUGACAUACCUGAAGGAGAAUCCAAUUAAACAGGGCGCGAGUCCGAGGGGUCCACGACCAAAACUGGUAGAGGUCAGGAAGCACCUCACUGCUGCUCUGGACAGAGGAAACCUCAAGGCUGAUUACCUCCAGGAAGCGAGUCUUCUCAUGGCCAAACUCAGUUAUGUCGAGGCAGAAUACAGAGACGCCUUAGGUCACUAUAACAGGGUGAAUAUGGAUGACAUGCAGCUGGCGGGAGCUCCAGUAUAUAGGCUUUCUAUGAUAGCAGAAGCCUAUGCCACUAAAGGCUUGUGUCUAGAGAAAGUCCCAGCUGCCUCUCCACUGCUGUCCAAUAAGAACGCCGGUUCGCCUUCCUCCAAUCGUAACAGAACUGAACGAGAGCAAGAAAUAAUCACCUGCUAUGAAAAGUCGGGAGACAUUGCUCUGCUGUACCUUCAGGAGGCUGAGAAGGCAUUGUCAGCUGGAAUUCAGAAUCGCAGCCCAAAGCCUGGUCCGACUUCCCAGGACCAGGAACUGGGUUACUUCCUUGAGACAGGCCUACAGAGAGCUCAUGUCAUCCAUUUUAAGAAUGGAAACCUGACGCAAGGUGUUGGGCGAUUUCGAGAAAUUCUUCGAGCCGUUGAGACCAGAACAACACAGAACCUGCGCAUGACCAUAGCGAGACAGCUUGCAGAAAUCUUGCUCCGAGGAAUGUGCGAACAGAGUUACUGGUCUCCUGUGGAAGACCCACCCACUGUGUCACCGCUGGACGAUCCCACGCGGCAAGGACACAUCCAAAGCAAGAAGUACAGCUUAAGCCGACGCCCACGAGUGUACUCAGGAGAGAAUCUUUUUUGCCCCCAGGAGAACACAGAAGAAGCAUUAUUGCUACUCCUCAUCAGUGAGUCCAUGGCUAAUCGUGAUGCUGUCCUAAGCAGGAUUCCCGAACACAACAAUGACCGAAUCAUUAGUCUACAGUCUGCCUCAGUGGUGUACGACCUGCUAACUAUAGCUUUGGGCAGGAGAGGGCAGUAUGAGAUGCUGUCGGAGUGUUUGGAGCGAGCCAUGAAGUUUGCGUUUGAGGAGUUCCACUUGUGGUACCAGCUUGCACUAUCUUUAAUGGCUGCUGGGAAAUCCGCUCGUGCUGUUAAAGUUCUGAAGGAGUGUAUUCGUCUAAAGCCAGACGACCCCACCAUACCCCUGCUGGCUGUCAAACUGUGUAUCGGACCCCUGCACUGGCUGGAUGAGGGCGAGUGCUUUGCCAAAAUGGUGAUUGACAUGGGGGAGAAAGCAGCCGAGUUUCGAGCAAAAGGCUACUUGGCUGUUGGACUGGUUUACAGCCUCAAAGCCACAGAUGCAUCAUUGCGAAGCACCCAAGAAGAGUAUCAGAGGAAAGCUUUGGGAGCCUUCCAGAGAGCUCAGAGUUUGUCUCCAACAGACCAUCUAGCAGCCUUCUACCUCGCACUGCAGCUGGCUGUGUCCAGACAGAUUCCCGAGGCGCUAGGCUAUGUUCGACAGGCGUUGCAGCUUCAAGGGGAUGAUGUUCACUCCCUUCACCUGCUGGCCCUGCUGCUCUCAGCACAGAAACACUACCAGGAUGGUCUCAAUAUUAUAGAAAUGGCCCUGUCUGAGUAUCCAGAGAACUUCAAUUUGCUCUAUACAAAGGUCAAGUUGGAGAGUAUGUGCAGAGGAUCAGAAGACGCUUUGCUCACCUGCAAACACAUGCUGCAGAUCUGGAAGAGCUUUUACAACCUUACAAAUCCCAGUGAUUCGGGACGUGGUAGCAGUCUGUUGGAUAGAGCUGUAGCGGAUCGACGACAGCUCAACGCCAUGACUCUGCCAGACUUCAGUGACCCAGAUACUGCCUCAGGUUCUUCCUCCUCUCAUACUGGUUCGGAACCAGUAUCACCCACUUCCCCCUCCACCAUAUCCACGCUGCCCUCCCCGCUUUCGUCCCCGCUCUCGUCCCCAUUGUCCUCCUCUUCUUCCCCAGUUUUCAUCCUUCUGCCUCCUCCUCCACCCAAAAAAUCUUCCUUCUUGCCUCCUCCUUCUCCUACUCUUCCUCCUCCCCUGAUGACCACCAAAGCAAGGACUCACUCCUUUAGCAACCACGUCACUCUUCACCAACUUUCUUCCAACUGCGGCCCUCAGGACGCUAACACGCUUGGUUUUUCUUCCAUGUUUUCUGUUUGUUCUGUGCAUGCAACAUCAAUAGCAGCAAGCCGUGUGGAGCAGGCGUUGUCUGAGGUGGCCUCCUCCCUGCAGAGUAGUGCCCCUAAGCACGGACCCCUGCACCCCUGGAUGACUCUGGCUCAGAUCUGGCUGCAUGCAGCUGAGGUAUACAUCAGCAUGUCGAAGCCUGCUGAAGCAUCGGCCUGCACUCAAGAAGCCGCCAACCUCUCUCCCACAUCCCAUAACGUGCUCUUCAUGAGGGGGCAGAUCGCAGAGCUCAGGGGCAACAUAGACGAGGCUAAGCGCUGGUAUGAAGAAGCCCUGUCCAUCAACCCGACGCAUGUCAAAACCAUGCAGAGACUGGGUCUUAUUCUCCACCAGCUGCAACGCUACAGUUUGUCAGAAAAAGUUUUGAGGGAUGCAGUGCAGGUCAACAGUACGGCUCAUGAUGUGUGGAACAGCCUCGGUGAGGUGUUGCAAGCUCAAGGGAACGCCGCUGCCGCUACGGAGUGCUUCCUCACCGCUUUGGAGCUGGAGGCCAGCAGCCCUAUCCUCCCCUUCACUAUCAUUCCUAGAGCAUUAUGAGACACACAAACACACACACACACACACACACAGUGUAGCGUACUGGAGCACAAAAACAGGCCUGCGACAAAUUCACACACCAAAUACGGAGCAUGCCUGCAUGACACUUGCGCACACAUUAUAGUCAAAUGACAAAGCCUCCCUUCCCAUAAUGCCUUGCUGGAACCCCCCCCCCCCCCCCCUCCCACCUCCGGCGAUGCUGUUUUGUCAUGUUUGGGUGUGUUUGUGUUCUAUUUACGGUGCAUUUUGACUCAUUUCCUACCUGAAGAAGAAGAGUUUACAUUCUGUUUACGUCGUUCGCAUACUGUAUGUGAUUCAAGCACUGACAGCGACGACAACAAACACAAGUGCGUGUCUUGAUGACACUUGGUUAGAGCCAAGCGAUUUGAUUCGCCAAAAUCUGCACAUACUAUACACACACAGUAACAUAACGCUGGCCACUUUCUGCUAGCCGGAAUGCCAAAAUACAAUACAGAAUCUAGCGUUCCAAUGCAAGUACUGUACAGUGGUACCUCGAUUUAGAAGUGCUCACACUUACCAGCUUUUCGAAAUACUAGCCAUUGCUCGGCCAAUUUCUUUUUCUUUUCUUCUUUUUAGGCAGUUAGCUAGUGGGGGUAAGCAGUAUAGAAAAUGGAUGGAUGAAGAAUUCUUCCGACAAAGGGUCAAGUGCUUACUUUAAGCUGUUUAUUGCCACUCCAAGUUGAUGUUUAGUGUAAAACUAAACAUAAACCAAAGAAUUUCACUUUGUGUAUUUAACCAAACCACAAUCAGCCACGGUAAAAAAUGCUUAGACCACCCUUAUUUCUUCAAUGUCAUUUUAAUGCCUGGUACCACUAAAGGUCUAUUACCUGAAGAAUACAUAAUCUUAAUUGUAUUAUUAAAUAUGAUUUUCGUUGUCAAGAAAACCAUUGAAAAUGGCUAGAUAUCAGCUCUUAAAUUAAACUCUUAUGAGCUAUUUUUGUUGUCGCCAUUAUGUUUGUCCAAAAAAAUGUACCUUUGGUUGUACCAGAUGUUAAAAAUGAGCAAGAAAAUUAAGAAAUAAGGGUGGUGUAAUCAUUUUAUCCAUGACUUUAACUUUGCCUCACAGAAGUCCACUAACUUAAUACUAACACACAAUGCAAAACACCAUAGACAGGCAAACUAAACUAGCAGCGAUGUCGUGUGAGGUAUAACCCUGUUUGGACACAAAUAGUGUGGCAGCACAGGUAUAUACUCGUAAACCUCUGUGGAAACGACUAAUAUUACUCCGCCUUAGUUGUAACUGUCUUUGUUUUUUGUUUUUUUUUCUCCCCGUCAAGGCACGCACACCAGAAGGAGACCCAUUGACUUGAAACAUGAAUGAUACAACACUAUUUUUUGUAUUUAUAAAAGCAUUACAUAUUUUGUGGGGGGUGUCGUUUGGGGGCUGGAAUGGUUUAUUGGCAUUUCAAUGGGGAAAGAUGAUUUGUGAUAGGAGUAUUUUGAGUUAAGAGCCUAUUCAAGUAACAAAUUAAACUCACAAGUCGAGGUGCCACUGUACAUUGAAUUUUUUAAGCGUAACUGUGUUUCUAUAAGUUGUUGGAAAUGUUGCCUGUAUGUUGUAUUAUGCUGGUUCUCAUUGAGAUUAUUUUACUGUAAGCCAAUAAAGUAGCUGCACCUGUUUGCCAAGAUUGAAAUGAGAUUGUCUAAAUAGUACCUGAACCUUUUGCCACCAGCAACUAGCCUGGCCUCACCUUGCCUGUUCGCCACGAAGCUACAGGCCUUAGUUUUAUGUCACAUUUUGGACACAUAAUCAGUAUUUACUGUACACUGUCAAGUCACAAAAGGGUGCAAAUAAGCAUAUUUGCCUAAAUAAUUGUUAAAUCGGCACCUGCAAACAAAUGAAAAACUAUUUGGGAGGAAGUUGUUGUCAAAUCUCCUUUUUUUUGUGAUGUGUGAACUGUAAAUGCACCUGUACAUGUACAACCCAAAUUCCAAUGAUGUUGGGACGUUGUGUUAAACAUAAAUAAAAACAGAAUACAAUGAUUUGCAAAUCAUGUUCAACCUAUAUUUAAUUGAAUACACUACAAAGACAAGAUAUUUAAUGUUCAAACUGAUAAACCUUAUUGUUUUCAGCAAAUAAUCAUUAACUUAGAAUUUUAUGGCUGCAACAUGUUCCAAAAAAGCUGGGACAGGUGGCAAAAAAGACUGAGAAAGUUGAGGAAUGCUCAUCAAACACCUGUUUGGAACAUCCCACAGGUGAACAGGCUAAUUGGGAACAGGUGGGUGCCAUGAUUUUGUAUAAAAGGAGCUUCCCUUAAUUGCUCAGUCAUUCACAAGCAAAGCUGGGGCGAGGUUCACCUCUUUGUGAACAAGUGCGUGAGAAAAUAGUCGGAAAAGUUUAAGGACAAUGUUUCUCAAUGUACAAUUCCAAGGAAUUUAGGGAUUUCAUCAUCUACAGUCCAUAAUGUCAUCAAAAGGUUCUGAUAAUCUGGAGAAACCACUGCAUGAAAGCGGCAAGGCCAGAAACCAACAUUGAAUGCCCGUGACCUUCGAUCCCUCAGGCAGCACUGCAUCAAAAACUGACAUCAAUGUGUAAAGGAUAUCACCACAUGGGCUCAGGAACACUUCAGAAAACCAAUGCCAGUACAUACAGUUCGGCGCUACAUCCGUAAGUGCACCUUGAAACACGACUAUGCAAAGCAAAAGCCAUUGAUCAACAACACCCAGAAACGCCACCGGCUUCUCUGGGCCCGAGCUCAUCUAAGAUGGACUGAUGCAAAGUGGAAAAGUCUUCUGUGGUCCGACGAGUCCACAUUUCAAAUUGUUUUUGGAAAUUGUGGCUGUCGUGUCCUCCGGGCCAAAGAGGAAAAGAACCAUCCGGACUGUUAUGGACGCAAAGUUCAAAAGCCAGCAUCUGUGAUGGUAUGGGGCUGUGUUAGUGCCAAUGGCAUGGGUAACUUACACAUCGGUGAAGGCACCAUUAAUGCUGAAAGGUACAUACAGGUUUUGGAGAAACAUGUUGCCAUCCAAGCAACGUCUUUUUCAUGGACGCCCCUGCUUAUUUCAGCAAUAAAAUGCCAAACCACAUUCUGCACGUGUUACAACAGCGUGGCGUCGUAGUUAAAGAGUGCGGGUACUAGACUGGCCUGCCUGCAGUCCAGACCUGUCUCCCAUUGAAAAUGUGUGGCGCAUUAUGAAGCUUAACAUACGACAACGGAGAGCCCGGACUGUUGAACAGCUGAAGCUGUACAUCAAGCAAGAAUAGGAAAGAAUCCCACCUACAAAGCUUCAACAAUUAGUGUCCUCAGUUCCAAAACGUUUAUUGAAUGUUGUUAAAAGAAAAGGUGAUGUAACACAUUGGUAAACAUGACCCUGUCCCUGCUUUUUUGGAACGUGUUGCAGCCAUAAAAUUCUAAGUUAAUAAAAUUUCUUGUUUUUAGCAAAUAAUCUUCCGUUUGAACAUUAAAUAUCUUGUCUUUGUAGUGUAUUCAAUUCUAUAUAGGUUGAACAUGAUUUGCAAAUCAUUGUAUUCUGUUUUUAUUUGUUUAACACAACAUCCCAACUUCAUUGGAAUUAGGUUUGUACAUGUAUCUGCUUUAAAUGUAGUUCAGAUUUUUUUUUUUACAGCAAAUUCAAAGUGUAAUGGUUGUAUAUUUUAUCGUGCCAUGUGUAUUAUUGUUAGAAAUAAAAUUAUUCUAUUUUCUGCACAGAGCACGAUGUUACUGAGAUGCUGCCAGAGAAAUGUACAUUAUACGGAUUCGCCGAGUGGCUCAUUGUUCCUUUCAUGCUGUAAAUGGAUGACUGAGCUGAGAAUGAUAAUAAAAGUCGAUUAUAUGUCUCGA